UUGAGAAAGUCCUCCUUUGUGCUGGAUUCUGCACCCAGGUCCUGACCCCUGGGGGCGUUGUUCUGAGGUGCAUUUGGUUUUCCUGGGCUUACAGACUCAGAGAUGUCCAUAGGACUCAGCAAAGUUGGGGGGAUUGUCAGAGGCUUGGUUAGGGCAGGGGGAGAGCCCCCAGAGGUCACCUGUUCAACUCUCCCAUCGUGCACAUGGGGAGAUGGAGGCCCAGAAACUUGGGUGACCUGCCCACUGUCGUGCAACCAAAACUGGCUGUACCAAAGGACAUUCUCUGGCAUCAAGGCCGUGAGUGGCUGGGUGGGUUUCCCCAGGGGCUCCGCGGUGGGUGUAAGGGGGGCUAGGCUCAGCAGGAACUGCUCUACACGGCAGGGAACAAGACCGAGUUCUAGUCCCAGCUCCGCCCUCCCUGCUCUGUGACCUUAUCCGCUCCAGGCCCUACUUCUUCAUCAGUAAAAUGAGGAGGCUGGAUUAGCUGGUCCUGGGAAGUCCCUUCCCGAUUCGUCUAUGUAUCGUCAGAUCCUUAAAGCAGUCCGCUUACGUGGAUGAGGAAACUGAUUUUUAGGUAGCUUCUGAGUGACAGGCGGGUCCUCAGACUCCAAAUGUUUCGUGUCCCCUGUCUUGAGAUGGGGUGUCUGCGGGUGCAGCCCCCCAAGGUGUCCUUUGUUCUUUAGGCUGGGUUCAUCCCCUGGAUUUGCUCCCUGGGACCCUGGGAUUUGCAGGGGGAGGCGGUGUUGUUAUAGAGCAGCCGUGUUUUCUGCCUGGGUUCCCCUCCAGCCAGGGGUGUUUGUGAGAACAUUGGAAUCACAAAGUGGCCCAUGGCGGAGAAUGCAGCCAGAACAAAGGCGCCCUCUCCCCGCCGGGGCCCGGGGAAUACUAACUAGUUGACAGGAAUUUUAAUAUAAAACUCUCCCUCUUCCUUGUCAUUCUGAGGUUUCAGGAAGCCUUCGGGCUUAUCGUGCAGAGGCACACGGCACAGACAGGGCUUGGGGAGGUGAGAGGUGAUUUCCUGCCAUUCUUCUGCGGGGCGGGCUUCCCAGGGCGGUCAUGCCAGGCUGACGGGGCGCAGUGCGGGCUCCCGCUGCUGGGGGGGAGAGCUGGGUUUUCAUGGGGCGGCAGCCGAGGCAGGACCUGCAGCCAUGAACCGCUUCAAUGGGCUCUGCAAGGUGUGCUCGGAGCGCCGCUACCGCCAGAUCACCAUCCCGAGGGGGAAGGACGGCUUUGGCUUCACCAUCUGCUGUGACUCUCCGGUCCGAGUCCAGGCCGUGGAUUCUGGGGGCCCUGCAGAGCGGGCCGGACUUCAGCAGCUGGACACCGUGCUGCAGCUGAACGAGAGGCCCGUGGAGCACUGGAAAUGCGUGGAGCUGGCCCACGAGAUCCGGAGCUGCCCCAGCGAGAUCAUCCUGCUCGUGUGGCGCAUGGUCCCCCAGGUCAAGCCGGGGCCAGACGGCGGGGUCCUGCGGCGGGCGUCCUGCAAGUCGACGCAUGACCUCCAGUCGCCCCCCAACAAGCGGGAGAAGAACUGCACCCACGGGGCCCAGGCACGGCCGGAGCAGCGCCACAGCUGCCACCUGGUGUGCGACGGCUCGGACGGGCUGCUGCUCGGCGGCUGGGAGCGCUACACCGAGGUGGCCAAGCGCGGGGGCCAGCACACUCUGCCUGCGCUGUCCCGCGCCACUGCCCCCACCGACCCCAACUACAUCAUCCUGGCCCCGCUGAACCCUGGGAGCCAGCUGCUGCGGCCUGUGUACCAGGAGGAUGCCAUCCCUGAAGAGUCAGGGAGUCCCAGUCAGGGGAAGUCGUACACGGGCCUGGGGAAGAAGUCCCGGCUGAUGAAGACGGUGCAGACCAUGAAGGGCCACGGAAACUACCAGAACUGCCCGGUCAUGAGGCCGCACACCCCACACUCAAGCUAUGGCACCUAUGUCACCCUGGCCCCCAAGGUCCUGGUGUUCCCUGUCUUCGUUCAGCCUUUAGAUCUCUGUAACCCUGCCCGGACCCUCCUGUUGUCGGAGGAGCUGCUGCUGUACGAGGGGAGGAACAAGGCUGCUGAGGUGACGCUGUUUGCCUACUCGGACCUGCUGCUCUUCACCAAGGAGGACGAGCCUGGCCGCUGCAACGUCCUGAGGAACCCCCUCUACCUCCAGAGUGUGAAGCUGCAGGAAGGUUCUUCAGAAGACCUGAAAUUCUGUGUGCUGUAUCUAGCAGAGAAGGCAGAGUGCUUAUUCACUUUGGAAGCGCACUCGCAGGAGCAGAAGAAGAGAGUGUGCUGGUGCCUGUCGGAGAACAUCGCUAAGCAGCAGCAGCUGGCGGCUUCGCCCCCGGAGAGCAAGAAACUCCACCCUUAUGGCUCUCUCCAGCAGGAGAUGGGGCCGGCCAACUCAACCAAUGCUACCCAGGAUAGAAGCUUUACCUCAUCAGGACAGACUCUGAUUGGCUGAGCAAACCCAAGGGCGGGACUCUGCUUCUGGCAACUUAACCCUUUCUUGGGCGCCCCCUACCACACAGUAACCUCACCUCAACUGGACCCAAAACGGAGGACCAACAUGGUGGGCCUAGGGUCACCUGAAGGCAGUGACCCCACGAGUGUGUGUGCACUGGCAUCACAAGGACCGCGGUGGUGUGAGAGGCCCUGUGGGCACGUGGAGACUGGCAUCAGAGAGUCCCAGAUGGAGAAGACUCAGAAGCUUAUUCCCUACAAGGAAGAAGGAGAUGCAAUAGCAUCUGGGCUCCUAGUGGUUCCAGCACCUGCCUUGGGGCAGCAGGAGAGGUCAACUCUGAUGGAAAACAAAGCCAUGAUCCUCUGCCACCGGAAGGCAUCUUCGCCCAUUCACUCAUUUUUCAUCUGUACUCAUUCAUUCAUUCUUUCAUUCAAUGGAUAUUUUGGGGGCAUCUACUUUAUGCCAGGCUCUGUGCUAGGGGCUAAGGAUACUGUGGAGAAUGAGAUGGAUGUGGUCUCUGCUCUUGUCAAGAUUUCAGUCCUAGUAGGGGAGUGAGCAUUAAAAACAUCAGCACCAACACACAUACAUGUGAUUACAAACUGUGAUAAUCUAUGAAGGAAAAGAACAGAGUCCUUUAAGAGAGAAUAUUAUUUAGAUUGCUAUGUGGGGAGUUGGGCAGGGGAGGAACAUAACUUGUAAGCUGAGACCUGCAGGCCAGAAAGGAGUUAGCCAGUCAAGGACUUUGGAAAGAGUGUUCCAGGCAGAUGGAACAGCCUCUGGAGAGGAUCUGAGGUGGGAAGGAGCUUGGCACGCUGGAGGAACGGAGGCCAGGCCAGUGUGGCUGGAACUCAAUGAGGAGGCAGAUGGGCGGGUGGGGGCCAGGUCAUGCAGGGCUGUGGUGGUUAAUGCUUUAUUGAUUUCCUUCUAGAAACAGUAGGAAGCCAUUGAAGGCUUUUGAGAAAGGGAGUCACAGAGUCUCAGGUACGUUUCUAGAAGAUUAGAGACCCCAAGGAGGGGCCCAUGUGGGUGUGAGGAGAUCAGUCAGGGGUCCCUUCAGUCCUCCAGUGAGGGGCGGUGGUGGCCCAUCCUGGAUGGUGGCUGGGGUGGUGGGGUAUGUGAAUGCCAGACUCUGGGAUUUUGGAGGCUCUGGAGUGAGAAGAGAUCCUUCUCUGUCCCUCCACCCGCCAUGCCCUCACCCUCUGCUGUGUGCCACUCUCUCAGUAGAUGCAAGUGAGGAUGGGGGCCUUGCUCAUAGAGCCCCCUCCUGGCCAGGCCUGGGCAGGGACCAGUGCUGAGUUCUAGGGAUGUCUCUGGGAGUUGAGAGCUGUGGGGGCUUCACCUGGCCAAGGUAGGAAAGUUCACAGCCCCCAGGCCUCACCAGGGGCUGCCUGUGCUGGAUGGUCUGAUCAGAAACUGGAAUUCAGCCCUCUGGAAACUGACUUGGUUUGCUUUCUGUAGAGCUUCUAAGGGUCAGGGACCGGGGCUAGGCAUGGCUGAGCAGCUCUAGUGGAGACUGUCCUGCCACAGGCUAAAGAGAGACCUACCAAGGGGACAGUGGUUAGAGCUCAGCCUGCUCGCUGCCUGCUGUUGGAGUCCAGGGUCAGGCAGCUCUCACAGCUUUUCUAACUGCCAAGACCUAGAGGGAGGGAAGCCCAGGGCCACAGGUCUAAGCGGCAUAGCUCAUACACAAAGGUAUGUAUGGGAUGAGGGUAAGAGAGGCUGGAGAGAUGGCUCAGGCCAGAGAAGCCCCCAACUUUGGACACCUUCUGUGUCGUGUCCUGUAAGACCUUCUCAGUGUUUUUAGAGAGGGGUCUUGGGCCUGGUGUUGCUCAGCUGCUCUGGCCACUUGAACCCCAAGAAGGGUGGCGCAGAAGAGAAUUCGUCCUUCACCUUCCACUUCUCCUCCUCCCAGCCUAGGGAAGACCGGACGUGUCGCAUCGGCAGUCUAACGGGAUGGGACGCAUCCCCCAGUGACCAGGCCAAUGCCCCCGCCCAGCAGGGGAGUAGACUUGGCCUGAAGUGGGACACGUGAUCCACAGUGUCUGUCAGCCAGGACUCAGCCGCAGGGUUAAUUCUGAGAGGCUGAGCAGCUGGGUCUGCACAGACAGCAAGCUGCACUUUGAUUUCAUUUGAUUCCCUUACAAAAUGACAUUAAGGGGAAUGUGAGGCACUGCAGAAUCGCCUGUCUGGGAAGGCAGCAAGCUUGUCUCUCCAGGACCUGGUGACCUACCUCUGUCCACCAGACAGGUGCAGAGGACGGGAGCUCUGGCCACAGGGAAACGGAGAGUUGGGCUGCAGCACCCAGCCUCAGGGACGGGACUUUCCUCCAGCAAGCUGCUGAGUCGAGCGGACGUUCGCGUGGGGGUCCUAGGCCCGGCCGGCUGCUGGAGAAGCGGACAUCAGCUCCUGGCAGGCCCUGGGCUUGUCCUCCCAGUGACUGUGGGGAGCCACAGCACCUUUGCUGCUCUGCCUCUCAAAUCAAUGAAACAAUUCAUUUGGCUUCGUGGCUUGAGAAGAUGAAACAUGACCGUGCGGCCACUGCUCCUCAGCGUCCCAGUCCAUCCCGGCCGUCCAGGAUAAUGAACAAGCCAUCGAAAUUGCACUUGAGAGUCAUAAUCACGGGAAACAUGGCCGAGCCCCUCCCUCCACAUAAAUCACGCUGAGAAGCACACACAAUGGUCUCUUUCCUGAAGGGUCGAUUGUCUUGGUUUGGUGUCCCGGGGCCUAGGAGCUGGGAGGAUGGGAGCACAACCAUGUAUUGUUAAAAAGGCCAUCUGUGCGAUUUGAAUACAAAGUGAUCCUUUUAGUUCCCCGCACACCCUCUGAUCCCGUUUUCAUGUUUUCUUGUGUCUCGGGCUCUGGUCUUUGGAAACUCUCCGUCUCUCCUGUAAGCGGGCACGCCCAGGUCUCUGCUGGGCUGGGUCAUUUGGCCCUUUGGGAGUUGGGACCUGUUGGAAAUAAUGAUGACAUUUAUUUAUGUACGUCUUGUUUUUUUUAUUUUUUAUUUUUGUCAUAUAUCCCGCCACCAAAGCCCUCAUUUCUCACACACGACACCAAGAGGUUUCUGCAGUGAAGGCACAGGCAACUUCACAACGGGGGAGGGUUCCCCACAGUGAGAGCAUGGGCCUUGGAGAUGGCAACUGGGGUCCCCAGGAAUUAUCUCCCCUAGUCCUCCUAGCAGCCUCAUUUUACAGAUGAAAGGGACUUAAGACUCAGAGAAGUUAAAUGAUUUAUUCCGGGUCACACAGCUGGUAGGAGACUGAGCUAGUCCUCAAGCCAAGGCUUUCAGCCUAAUCCAUUGCUCUUUCCAGAUCCAAAGGUUUGCCUUUUAGGGAUGAAAGUAAGAGAAGUUGAUCAUCUCCUCCAGGAAGAGGCAGGAGGAGGAGAUCCUGCGUGUAGAAGUUGUGGCCUUUUGAGCUCUAGAGAGAACACUUCAGGACGAAUAAAGUGAGAGCCCUUAUUCCCCACACAGUGGAACUUCCAGAGUCUAUAAUCCUGAGGGGUGGCCCAGGCUGAAAACAUCAGUAGUUUCACACAAGAUUUGAAAAGUCUGCUGUGAAGGACAAGGUAGACCUCCUUAGACAGGCUCUUGGGGGCACUGGGCC